UUUUGGGAAUUUGUAGGAUGUGCUCCUGGAAUAUGAGAAGAAGACAUAUGCAAAGCUGAUCAACUCUAUUGAAGCUCAGCCAAGCAAAGCAUUGCAAGCAAUUCUAAAGUCAUCCUUGGCAAAGAUUUAUAAGAGGCAGAAAUGUUGGACCACAAUCUACUUGGAGGAAAGCUAACCCGCGGGCCCUCUGCUAUUGAUAGCUACAGUUUGUUGAAAGAAGGGAAACAACUAACCAGUGAGGAGAUCAUUCUAAUAUCCUCCCUUGGCUGGUGCAUUGAAUGGCUUCAAGGAUACUUCCUUGUUCAUGAUGAUAUAAUGGAUGGCUCUUCCAAACGCCGAGGUCGACCAUGCUGGUUCAGAUUAGACAAGGUUGGCAUGAUUGCUGUUAAUGAUGGCGUACUUCUUCGCAACCACAUAGCUGUUAUUCUUAAACAGCACUUUAGAGGAAAGCCUUAUUAUGUUGAUCUUCUUGAAUUGUUUAAUGAGGUGGAAUACCAGACUGCCUGUGGACAAAUGAUAGAUUUGAUUACCACACAAGAGAAAGAUUUAUCAAAGUACUCAUUGUCUAUUCAUGGGCGGAUUGUCCAGUAUAAAACUGCUUAUUAUUCAUUUUAUCUCCCAGUGAGUAUGGUGGCAUGUGCACUUCUUAUGGCCGGAGAGAAUCUUGACAAUCAUGCUAAUGCCAAGGACAUACUCAUCAAAAUGGGAAUAUAUUUCCAAGUUCAGGAUGAUUACCUGGACUGCUUUGCUGAUCCACAGGUGUUGGGUAAGAAUGGCACAGAUAUUAAAGAUUUCAAGUGCUCUUGGUUGGUUGUGCAAGCCCUAGAACGCUGCAACGAGGAGCAGAAGAAAAUAUUGGAUGAGAACUAUGGAAUAGAUGAUAAAGCUUGCGUUGCUAAAAUUGAGGCGCUCUAUAAGGAUCUCAAACUUGAGGAUGUGUACCGGGAAUAUGAGGAGAAUACGUAUGAAGAGCUGAUAAAUUCCAUUGAAGAUGAAGAAACCAAAUUAAGCAAACCAAUGCAAGCAGUUCUCAAGUCAUUCUUGGAAAAGAUAUAUAAGAGGCAGAAGUAGGAGACAAAAUUAUUGAACUACAACAUUUAAUGUUUUAGAAUUAUUUGUGCUUCUGGUUUGUUUUCUUCACCGGUGUUCCGUAUCUGCUUGGGGCCUGACUAUUCCCGUAUCUGUUCUCAGAGGCGGACUCAGGAAUUGGAAGUGUGGUAGACACCUUUAUCUUUAAUAGAUACAUUCCAUUUCUUUUCUUUAUAUAAACCUAGACAUUUUCUUGGAGACAUGACUUCAUCAAGAAGGCUGGUGUGGUUUUUCCUACUGGAUGAUUAGGAAAAUAUUAUAUAGUUUGGUGUGAUUCAAAACUUGAUUGAUUGAGGUAUUUCAAGUGCAUUUUAAUGUGGUUUCUUUA